CUGUUGUCAGUCAAAGUGCGCGAUCAGUUCUUCCCUAUCGGUUCGAUUCGGUAUCGGUCCGGCUGAUGUGCUAGUGAUCUGUUCCCAUCAUCAUCCUCAGUUUUGGCUGUCUGCAUCCCAAGCAUCAGAUAUUGGAAGUGGUUCAAGCAGGGGCCAGCGUGGAACACAUGUGCUGAGGUCCAGUGCUAACGACACCUUCUGCUACAUCCGGUGCACAUAUUAUCCGUCCAUCAUUGUUUGUUAUGAAUGUGAAAUAAUAUCCGUAAAAAGUGUUUUCUGAAUUACAAUUUAUUCGACUAGUACGAAUUGUUUCGAACACAAAAUAAAAGCUGUAUAGGAAAUAGCAAUCAUGGCCAACGAGAAGAAAGACCCUGGAGGAGUGGGCCUUCAGAUCGAAUCACCGUCGCCAGUGCCAUCCAAUGCUUUGCUGACUAUGAACAUGAAUAUCAAUCUACCGGUACCGCUGACGAUGGAGGAAAAGAAGUAUCUCCUGGCGGUAGAACGAGGAGAUGCGGCUACUGUUAAAAGAAUACUGCAGCGCGCUCACCGACGCCAUCAUAUCGACAUAAACUGCGUAGAUCCAUUGGGUCGAGGCGCCCUCACGUUGGCCAUCGACGGUGAAAACCUGGAAAUGGUUGAACUUCUCAUUAUUAUGCAGGUGGACACGAAAGAUGGCCUUCUACACGCCAUCAAUGCCGAAUUCGUGGAAGCAGUCGAACUGCUUCUCGAGCACGAGGAACUCAUCCACAAGGAAGGCGAACUUUACAGCUGGCAGAAGGUUGACAUCAACACAGCCAUGUUUACUCCGGACAUCACCCCACUAAUGCUAGCCGCUCACAAAAACAAUUACGAAAUUCUGAAGAUUUUGUUGGACCGAGGAGCAACCCUUCCAAUGCCCCACGAUGUCAAGUGUGGUUGUGACGAUUGUAUCCGAAGAUCGUCAGAGGAUUCCCUCCGUCACUCGAUGGCUCGUGUCAACGAGUAUCGUGCCUUAGCCAGCCCUUCGUUGAUUGCCCUUAGCUCUCAAGAUCCUCUGCUAACUGCUUUUCAACUGUCCUGGGAACUACGAAAUCUUGCUUUCGCCGAGCAGGAGUGCAAAUCGCAAUAUCUGGAACUUCGUCGGCAGUGUCAGAGCUUCGCCGUGGAUCUGCUAGAUCAAUCGCGGAGCUCGCAGGAGUUGGCCAUCAUUCUAAACUAUGAUCCGGAGUCACCACCCUACAUGGAUGGAGAUCAUAUGAAGUUGACGCGUCUGGAACUGGCAAUUGACUAUAAGCAGAAGAAAUUUGUGGCCCAUGCCAAUAUUCAGCAGCUUCUGGCAGCCAUAUGGUAUGAAGGUGUACCUGGCUUCCGCAGAAAAUCUCCUUUGGAAAAGAUUGCGAUCAUCACAAAGGUGGCCGCUCUGUUCCCGUUUUACUGUAUGUUAUACAUGAUUGCGCCCGCUUGUGAAACGUCCAAAUUCAUGCGGAAGCCUUUUAUGAAGUUUUUGAUCCAUGCCUCGUCGUAUUUGUUUUUCUUGUUCCUAUUAAUAUUGGUGUCUCAGCGGGCCGAAGUUCAGAUUGUGCUGCUUUUCGGGACGGAUAGUAUGAAACGAGCGCUACAGGAGGAGUUGGCCCGCCAACGAGGCAACGGUCCAACGUACUUAGAGUGCCUCGUGGUGAUAUACGUGAUAGGAUUUAUAUGGGAGGAAACGCAGGAAAUAUUCAUUGAAGGCAUCCGCAGUUAUCUGAAAAACAUGUGGAACUUUAUUGAUUUCUCUCGGAACUUCCUGUACUGCUGCGUGGCGCUGUUACGACUUAUAGCCUAUAUCCAACAGACGUCGGAGAUUAGCAAGGACCCAAGCACAGCCUACAUCGCUCGAGAACACUGGGAUGACUUCGAUCCUCAACUGAUCGCGGAAGGCUUGUUCGCAGCGGCGAACAUUUUCUCGGCACUGAAACUGGUCCAUCUGUUCUCGAUCAAUCCGCAUUUGGGACCGUUACAGAUAUCGCUCGGUCGCAUGGUUAUCGAUAUUGUCAAGUUCUUCUUCAUCUACUCGUUAGUGUUGUUUGCUUUCGCCUGUGGUUUGAAUCAGUUGCUGUGGUACUUCGCUGACUUGGAGAAAUCGAAAUGUUAUAGCUUGAAAGGUGGACUACCAGAUUGGGAUAACCAGGGAGAUGCUUGCAUGAAGUGGAGACGUUUCGGAAACUUGUUUGAAUCAUCACAGUCACUAUUUUGGGCCAGUUUCGGAAUGGUCGACCUGGACAGUUUUGAGCUGACAGGAAUCAAGUCGUACACUCGCUUCUGGGGCUUGCUCAUGUUCGGAUCGUACAGCGUGAUCAACGUAAUUGUUCUGCUGAACCUGCUCAUCGCUAUGAUGUCCAACUCGUACGCUAUGAUUGAUGAACAUUCGGACACGGAGUGGAAGUUUGCUCGUACCCGUUUGUGGAUGAGCUACUUCGAAGAGAGCUCAACUCUGCCACCUCCAUUUAAUAUUUUCCCGAACAUGAAACACCUUAUGCGGCUGUGUGGCAAGAAAAAGAAGCGCGACUUCAAAAGGGAGUCAACUAUUCGCCGAAAGGAGGACAAAGAACGUACUGAACGAUACACCAACGUGAUGCGAUCGCUUGUCUGGCGGUACGUUUCGGCCAUGCAUCGCAAGAUGGAGGAAAAUGCCGUCACGGAAGACGAUAUCAACGAAGUCAAGGGUGAGAUCUCUUCCAUGCGGUACGAGCUUCUGGAAAUCUUCGAGAAGAACGGAAUGGACGUUUCGACAGCUGAUCGUAAGGAGAAAGCUGUUCUCGCCAAGCGCAUGAAGAUCUGGGAGCGUCGAUUGAUGAAGGACUUCCACGUGGCGCCUGUUGACAUACAAGAAAAUGUUCUCAAUGAGGAAGAUGAGGAAGAAGAUGCCAAUCCACUAGCCAGGUUCCGUCGCGUUGCUAAGAAGGUGGCCACACAGACGACCUCGGCCAAAUGGGGCCAGGUAAUGUCCGGUGUUGGUAUUGAAACCAAUUCGCAAAUCGGUCGCUGUAAAAAUCGGGACAGUUUCCGUCAACAACAGCAACUUCAGAAAGCAAUGAAUGAAGCUCGUCGCCUAGUUGAGCGUAGCCCUAUGCCUCAUUCAAGGAGUGCCUCUCCUAUGAUCGACGGCUAUGAAGAUGAGACUUCCAACACACUUUUGCAGUUGAUCAAUCAACUUGCUGAAGAAACAGGUGGUGAAGUCUCGCCCGGAAAUACAUUGCAUGCUUCAGCCAAGCACAGUCGUUCAACAACUCCGUUAAAUAUGCUUACGGCUCAACUACAGACCAUGCUGAGUAAAUCUCCAUCUCCAAUGACGAUGAAGUCAUUGAAAACUGGAGAAGACAAGACACAUGGUAGCUUGAACAAUAAUCGUUCACCCGGUUUGCGAAUCCAAAGUAAGACACCAUUAGCAUCCAUAAGCGGAAGUAAAUCUUCAUCGCCGGAACCGUCGGCUCCUGUAGAGAUCAAAUCCACUUUAGGAGUGAAGUCUCCUCCAAGCAUCAAGUCUCCACCUCCAACCAAGAGUCCCAUUCAACCAGUUCAAUCCCCUCCUCCAACGAUCCAUGUCACCCGCACUGAAGCCCAGUUAGUGAAGAAAUCUGACUCCAAAGAUAGUCUUGUUGAUAGCACUCCAACAGUAGAGAUAAAGCCACCAACACCCCAACUUUCGAAACAAGCUUCUCCAGAAUUAACCAAACCUGAUCCUACCCCUUUAAAGACCACAAAAUCGACUGAAGAAAAAACGAACGAGGAUGUCGUUCAUGCGAACGACCCGGCACCUCUUGUUGCAGGAGUUAAUUCGCCGCCUAAGGUCAUCAAACGAAAGGCUCCGACACCAUCAGCACCGGAAGCCGGAGAUAUUGCCGUUUCUCGUCCGAUUGCAGCUAAGCCUCAAUCCGGACAAGGAAUGCUUCCUCCUCCUCCAAGCAAGGAAGAUCCACCUCCCCCCGUACCAAACAUUUCCAUUCCAACGCUUUCCACAACUCCAGCCACGCCUCUCCCGCCUCCUAAGAACCUCGGCGCCACACCAAAACAGCCAUCCCCGGUUCCAGCUUCGAUUCCCGCAAAACAACAGUCUCCCCCUCCCGUUCCGGUAAAAUCUCCACCACCCACACUCAAGGUGGAGCUCAUGUCCGAACAGUUGACGGACGUGACUUCAAGUACUGAACAACUCAUCGCCAACAGCAGCGGGGAUCCUUCGGUGGACGCUGCCCGGGCUGCUGCCUCGCCACCUUGUCUCCGUCCGAUCAACAAGAUCGCAGAUGUGAAAACGAUCAAACGACAGCCCAAGAGCGGUUGGUUGUAAGGAGUGCAACCGAACAUGGUAGUUGUGAAAGUUGCUCGCCAAAAGUCUGCUUUUGAUAUGUAUUAUUAUCAUAUUUUAUAUCAUUAUUGUAACCAUUGCAACUCAUUUGAAAUUGGCUUGUUAGGUGAUUUGGAAACAAAAGUGAUAACAACGAAGCAACAGGGCCAAAGAAGUUGUAUUUAUUUUAUCUCUGAACAGAUGUUAAACCAAUAUUUUAAAACCACAUUUAGAUAAGGAUGGAUAUCGUGAUACGUGAAUAUUGAAUUCGCCAUCUUUAA